CAUCUAAACCUGUUUUACUUCCGGGACGUCAAGUGACGGCGCACGCGUUCUUCUUCUUCUUCUACUUCUGGCGUUUCAUGAAGUCAGAGACUGCACUGCUGUUUGUAUAUCCAAGCACACCAUCAUCAAGGGAUGUGGGGAAGCAUGGUCUGACUAUAGACGGAAAAGGAAGUGCAGAAGAGAAAGAAAACCAGCAUCACAACUAUUUUUUUCAACCUCAGAGAGUGUGAUAUAUGAUUCUAACAACUAUGUGCAUGUGCAAUUACUAAAGUGCUUGCGAGUGUGAUGGAGCUGCAGCAGCGUUUUUCUGUGUCCGUGAAUGAUUAUGAAGAAAGUGAAGGAAAUGCAGAGAAGAGGAAGAUGCAGAAAAAUUAUGAUGUUAGAACAGAAGAUCUUUAUCAAAGUCUUCAGUUCCCAGCUACUGCACACCAUGGAACUAUUAACAGUACAACACUGCUCUCAGAAAGAAAGUAUGUGUUUUUACUGUUUGCUGUGAACAUUCUUAUCUCAGCCAUCAUCCUUGUCAUUGUGGGUCUAAAUUACUCUCACAACAGAGAAACACAACCAAUAAAAGGACAAAAAGAAAUGUGGCUUCUCCAUGACAAUGUGUUUUAUUUGUUCUGGAGUGACCACAGUGAUUGCCGUGCUGCUGAGAGCUUCUGUUCUAAGAGAAAUGCCAGUCUGGCCAUUUUAACUGAGCAUAACAAGGUCUGGUUGAUAUCUAGAACCAAUGGAAAGCAAUUUUUGCUCUCAAGAGCCUCAUCAGAUGGAUCUGGAUACACUGCUUCUCCAUCAAUGGAUGAUGAAGAUCAUGAGUGUGGCAUCAUGACUGAUGAUGUUGACACAGACCAUGGAGAAGGAUUUGUGUGUGAGAGGAGAGUGAAUCCCAUAGUCUAAAAUUGUGCAGACUUUGGCAUCUUUUGAAGCUGUAAUGGAUGUAGCCUACUGGACAGCUACUUGGCCCAAAGUUCAGCUUCCAGACAGCAUGCAUAUGUGUUGUACUUCAUUUAUCUUGUUUUAUUUUAUUAAAACUCUUCUCUGUAACUAGACAGAA